AUGGCAUUAAAUCAUGCUAUGGCUCCGAAGAGUUGUGUAGUUACAGAAAAGCAGGUCAUCUCCCAUUUCGGGCGUCAUGGUGAUGGUUUUGUUGUCAAUAAAGAAACACAAAAUGCAGGAGUACCAUAUGCGAAUGACUUCAUCGUACAGGUUAGCGACCACGAGGCAAGGAUCAAAAUUCACGGUGGUAUAGUGUACAAAAGAAAUAUUUGGAGUGUUGUCAGAGGUUACAUUGAGAAAAGCACCUAUCAAGGUCUUGAUGAUCAUUAUACUGCACUAGAAGAUACUCUACGCGACGAAUGCGAACGUAAGGCCAUGCGGCCGGAGUCGCAAGAACCCAUAGUCGAUAGGUACGAUGAAGAGAGGUAAGU